GAACACACAACUGCACACUUACUUCUGCUUCCCCUGAGCUGCUUUGAUUUCACUCCAUUAAACUCCAUUUAGACGCGAGUAUCUGCCCUGACAGUCCCACACAGGCUUCCGGGCGUAUCACAUCAAGAGGCUCAGCUACUUUUCUGCGACUUCGAUGUCGUAUUUGGUGUUAAACCAACAAGAAGCAUCUGCAGACAGAUGAACCAAGGAGACAUCAAACCAUGAUGGAGGAGUCGGCUUGCUUCUUCAUAGGCUGAUAAACUCAGAGGACCCAGCAGAAAGUGUUUGAGAAAAAUGUCCAUAAAGGUGGCUUCAGCGUGCUGGAAAAUGAAGAAUACAAAGUGAUGGAGCUCCAAGAGGAAAGCUCUACGGAUGAGCGGAACCCGGCAGAUCUCGACCGAGGACUUCUUCACGUCUGGCGUCCAGCAGGAUGCAGCGAGCAGCUCUCCCCAGAGAGAGUGCUGCUGUCCAGGCCAGUUGUGCAGGUUUCCCUGGGAGAACAUCACGGCCUCAUUUUGCUACAAGGUGGUUCUGUGUUCUCAUUUGGAGACCUGUUAUGGCGAGACCUGAAGGUCCCGGUGUCUGCUCCCGUGCUGGAAGUCUCUCUGCAGGGCAAGGCAGUGGUCCGUGUGGCUUCUGGAGGCUUCCACUGCGGAGCAGUGAGCGAGCAGGGCCACGUCUACAUGUGGGGGGAGAAUACAGCAGGACAGUGCGGCCUGGCGGAGAAAGGAACGGUCACCAAUAUCUCAGUCCCAGAGCCCAGCCCAGUGAGCGUGCUGGACAGUGAUGCGGUUCCCCCAGCGGCGGUGCGGGUCGUGGAUCUGGCCUGUGGACGGGAGCACAGCCUGGCUCUGUCGGUCCAGAACGAGCUGUGGGCCUGGGGCAGCGGCUGCCAGCUCGGCCUGGUCACCAACACCUUCCCUGUUUGGAAACCACAGAAGGUUGAGCAUUUGGCAGGCAGACAUGUGAUUCAGGUGGCUUGUGGUGCGUACCACAGCCUGGCUCUUGUUCGCACUCUGCCACCCCAGGACUACAAUACCCAGAAUCCCCCUAAAAUGAGUGAGCGGGGUCCGUCGCCUCACUGCCCUGUGAUAGACAGGGAUGAGCUGUCGACGGGCGACGACGCUCACUACUGUCCGCUCGGCGUGGAGCUGACUGAAGCCGUCAUGAGAGGCGAGGUUUGUCCCAGAAGACGACGCCCGAGACAAAGGCUCCAUCCGGGAGCAAUGUCAUCUGGCAGCAGCAGCGACUCUAGAGCCAGUUCAUGCUCUUUUUUUGAGGACAGCCUAUCUAAAUCUAAACAGAGCUUCCAUGUUCCAGUCGUUGGGAGACUCGAGCGGAACCCUGGCUCUGUAUCCCGGACCGACGGCAGCCCUAAAGCCCCGGCAUCGGACUGGAGAGACGGCAAGAACUCAUCCUUCCCUGACGGGCUGGAGCUGCAGAACCUGCUGGAGAAUCUGUCCGGUCAGUCGCUGGAGACGCAGCACACCGCAGCCACCAGAGACACAGACUCACUGAGCAGCCAGGCUUCAGACGACAGCUGUCUUUCCUCAACUCCCUCGAUGGAUCUACUGACUUCCAGUUACAAAGACGACUCAGCAUGUAAGAGACCAACCAACAGGAAUAGUGGACUGGCCGGCCCGUACUCCUCUUCCCCCGUGUGUUUGGAAGAAGUUCGUCUUUGUCUGGAGAAGGAGAAGCAGACCCUGCAGGGCCAGAAGAGCUCGAGUCUCACGAAUAUACACCAGAAGGGGAACUCAGCGGCGAGCAGGAGAUGCUCACUUCCUGGAACCCCCACCCACGGUUCUCCUCAGAGGCGUCGCCUGUGCGCCUGCAGGCGGCUCUCUGCAGGUCGAGCUCAAGCUGGAGUCCCAGAGGAGGCAGGAGACGGGCUGCCGUCCCUGGAGACGGAGGUCUGGAGCUGGGGUCGAGGAUCUGAGGGCCAGCUUGGUCAUGGAGACCAGCUCGCCAGACUCCAGCCUCUGUGCGUCAAGUCUCUGACGGGGCACGAAGUGAUCAAAGUGGCCGCAGGCUCGCACCACUCGCUGGCUCUCACUGCUCAGUGUCAGGUGUACUCGUGGGGAAGUAACAUGUGUGGACAGCUUGGCCAUGUCAACAGUCCUGUCACCGUGCCGCAACAGGCCAAGCUGUCCGAGGGUCUCGGUGUCUGGGACCUGUCGGCCGGUCAGAGCCACUCCCUUCUCCUGGCCGAUGGUGACUGUGUGCAGCCCGUUCUGCUGUACUGCGGUCAGCAGUUAGAGCCGCUGUCGUCGCAGAGCGAGCACAGCCGAAGCUCCUGCCAGAGGUCUCCCAUCAGUGCAGGGAGUUACACCGUCAGACCCGCGCUGCUGCCCUUCUGCGUCGAGAUGGGUUACAUCAGCAGUGUGUGCAGCGGUGGUCAGAUAUGUGCAGUACUGGCAGAUCACAACGUGAUGGGGUUUAUCUCGGCCAUCCAUGAGCUGGGCUCCAGAGAGAGACAGUUCUACUGCUGGUUGAGCGACGUCAGGAAGCUCCUCCUCACGCCGCUGCGCAACAGAGAGAGCAUGUGUCCGGCGUUGCGUGAACCGUGCAGCCAUCUCUUCUUCUCACUUUGCGAGAGUUUUGCUCACCUGACCACUCUGGUUGGUCGCCAUGCCGCAUCACUUAACUACUUCCUGCAAGACGCUCGUGCCCGGGAUGUCACAUCCCUGCCCUUGCUGACACACACAGAACAUUUCCUGGACACGUAUAAAAAGUAUUGUUCUGCAGUCGGCGACUUCCAAGUGAUGGGUGGAUUCCAGUCGCUUCAUAAACUCUCACUUGAGUUCUUGUCCGGCCAGCAGGCCGCGCUCUCCCAGCUGCGUGCGUCACACCAGUCCGUGAGCGGGGACAUUGAUCUGGUGUCGCUGUUGUACUGGCCCCUGCAGCAGCUCCACCACUACAACCGACUGCUGCUCAAACUGGAGGCCUGCUACGACGUGUUAACUAUCGAGUAUCAGUUGCUCCAUCAGGGUUGUAGUCAGUAUGAGGCUCUGUCUCUCUCUCUGCUGAAAAAGAAGAAGGAGGCAGAAGCCACCUUCCUCUUCUGGAAAACCCACUCUGGCAAAGCUACCGAGGUCCUGCGCCUCUCGCAGCGGCGCGUGGUGUGUGAAAGCAGCAACAGAUCUCUGACUCCACAGAACGCUGGCCGGUUCUCCAAUCACUGGUUCAUACUGUUCAACGAUGUGCUGGUUCACACACAGGGUACCAUUCCCUCUCAAAGCUUCUUCUCCACACAUCACGUCUAUCCUCUGACCUGUUUGUGGGUGAGACCGGUUUCCGAAGACGGCAGCGGCCUCUACGCCAUCAAAAUAACUUGUCCAGAGGAGAGUUUCACCCUGGUGGCCUCAACGCCACAAGAAAAGAACAAGUGGCUCCGAUCUCUUAACCAGGCGGUGGAUCAGGUGCUGGGUGGUGGAGGUCAGGGGUCGUCACCGGGGCUGACGGCAAUGUCGCGCACGGCCUCCUACGCCUUCACCGCAGAUGAGCGAUACAAAGACGCUCUGUAUACUGGAAGCUGGCUGGCAGGACGGGUUCAUGGCAGAGGAACCAUGAAGUGGCCAGAUGGACGGAUGUACAAGGGAAACUUUAAGAAUGGGUUGGAGGAUGGUUAUGGAGAAUAUUUGAUGCCCAACAAAGAGUUGAACAAGACGGACAGCUACCAGGGACAGUGGAGAGACGGGAAGAUCCAUGGAUUUGGCAAGUACAAGUACGCCAGCGGUGAGGUGUACGAGGGCUGUUUCUGCGACGGGCAGCGCCAUGGUUACGGCAUGCUGAGCUCUGGUAAACUGGGCAGGGCUUCCUCCAGCAUCUUCAUCGGCCACUGGGUUCAUGACAAGAAGACAGGAUACGGAGUCUACGACGACAUCACCAGAGGAGAGAAGUACAUGGGGCAGUGGCUGGACGACCAGCGGCACGGCAGCGGCGCCGUCGUCACUCAGUACGGUGUGUACUAUGAGGGGAUAUUCAAAGAAAACAAGAUGAAUGGUCCGGGCUUGUUGGUGUCGGAGGAUGACACAGUUUUUCAUGGCGAGUUUUCUGACGACUGGACUGUCAACGGAAAGGGGGUUCUGACGCUGGUGAACGGGGACAGCCUGGACGGCGUGUUCAGCGGAGAGUGGAGCUCGGGCCUGAAGGUGGUGGGAACGUACACCAAACCAGCGUUUGAUGGAUGUGAAAGCAAAGAGAGAAACAUACUGCAGUUGGGUCAGUACGUGGUUCCUGCGGCUCAGAGGUGGAUCUGCGUGUUCGAUGAGUGCUGGAGUCGACUGGGCUGCGAUGCCGCCGGGAGAGGGGAGAGGACCACAGCCUGGGAGAACAUCGCUGUUACCAUAACAACAGCGCGACGACAGAGUCCAGACCUCAGCAAGUCUCACAGCAAAGUUCUGGAGAGUUUGGAGUUUAUUCCUCAGUAUCACGAACCCGUCACCACUGCAAACUACGACAACGUCAGAAGAUACCUCACUAAGGCGUGCGAGACUCCUCACCACCCUCUCGGCUGGCUGGUGGAAACGCUGGUGACGGCCUACAGGAUGACUUACGUUGGUGUGGGAUCAAACCGCCGGCUCCUCCGGCAGGCUGUCCAGGAGCUGCUGGCCUACCUCACACACUUCUACAGCAUCGUCAGGUUUCUGUUUCCAGGGUUACCAGAGGAUGGAAACGUCAUCCCAGCACCAGCUGCCUCUAAUAGUAGACGCAACUCUGACAGAACAGAGCAAUGUGUUGUGGUGGUGAGCUGCUCCUCCCUGCUGCUCCCUCUGCUGCUCCCGCGGCUCUACCCCCCGCUCUUCACCCUGUACUGUCUGGAGGAGGAGCAGGAGGAGGCCGACUACUGGGAUCGCAUCCUCCGACUCAACAAGCAGCCCGACCAGUCUCUGCUCAGCUUCCUGGGAGUGCAGGAGAAGUUCUGGCCUCACUGGAUGUCAAUUCUGGGCGAGAAAAAGCAGAUCGUGUCCAGCAGCAAGGACGCCUGCUUCAUUUCUGCCGUGGAGACUCUCCAACAGAUCAGCACCACAUUCACUCCAUCAGACAAACUUGUGGUCAUUCAGAAGACAUUCGAGGAGCUGACGCUGGAGGUGAAGCCCCUGCUGAACGGUGACUUCCUGUGGUGCAUGGAUGACCUGUUCCCUCUCUUCCUGUACGUGGUGCUCAGAGCCAGGAUCAGGAAUCUGGGAGCUGAGGUCUGUCUGAUAGAAGACUUGAUGGAUCCCAACAUUCAGCACGGAGAGAUGGGAAUGAUGUUCACAACACUGAAGGCCUGCUACAUCCAGAUCCAGCAGGAGUCCACCACGUAGGAGCAGACAGGUCCCGGGAAGUAGCUGUGGAAACAGAAACCUGUCGUUUCCUGGUGUUGAACUGGUGGAAGCUGCAGCGAGGCUGCACUGACACCGAGCAGGAGGAGGGAGUGCACUUCCUUCAUCUUCUGUUGCAGACGGGAUCAGGAGGUUUGACACGUCUCUCCUGGUUUGUUGUUACACCCGUCUCUGCUCCCGUCAGGUCAACUUAUCGCCCUCUUGUGGACAAGUUGGUGGAGCUAAUUUAUCAUGUUUGUACAUGUGUUAUAUGUGAGUUGGGAUUGUUAAUAUGCAUCAAAAGUAUUUAAUUCAUAUUUUCUCAGAGGUGUAACAGUCAUUUUCAUGACUUUAAAGUGUUUUUUAUGUCCUAGUGUUUUUCUGUAGAGUAAUUCGUCAGGCUCUACCGAGUGGUGUAACGUAGAUGUAAUUAAUACAUGUUCCUCGUUCAUCUGCUUUCAAUGAAAACUUGUGAACAUUUCAGGCAAAGAGAAACCACUGCAUCACUGACAAAGUCUGACACUUGACCGCAUUUAAAGGGAAAUCAAGGCACUAAUCACUAAAAUAUUAAAUAUGAUUAUUUUAUUUAACUUCCAAGCACUCCUCAAAGGGAACUUUUUAAGGCCUACAAGCUGCACAUAUUGUUAAAAACAGCAAAACUAACCAGGUCAUAUAACCACAAACCUUUUCUUGAGAGUUGAUUAUAAUAUAUAACUGUAAGCUGAACAAACUAAGUGUGUGCUACUGUUGAUACUUCUAUACAGAGACAGCUGUGGAUAAUGAAAAGGGAUCAAUCCUUUAUACUUCUUACAGUUUGUUAUUCAGAGUACAUUUGUGCAGAUAUUAUGUCUUAUGUUUAGAAAUCAGAAAUGUCCUCACACCCUGCAGUUUUUGAGCGCAACCAUUGGAUGGACGUAGUUUGUCCAAAAGAGACACUAAAAUAUUGUAAUCCAACAGUGGAGCUGAUCUCAGGUUUGGACCUCUGAUAUUCAGAACCAGUAACGCGAGAGAAACAACUCUGUUUGAAUAAAAAAAAAGAGUGAAUAGUGAUCAGGUCAUCUCUAGAAGGAAAAAUGAAUUUAUCUGAUUGUAUUUCAUAGUUAUGUGUGAGAAAAAGCAUGUUGAACAUGUGAAAACAGGAGCACAUAAGUGUUUAAGCAUUUUAGCAUCUUAAAGAGACUCGAACAAAAAAUAUAUAUAUUUUCAGAAUAAAAAUAUCCAAGAACAUGUAAAAGAAAUGUUACCCUAAAAAUGUUGUGGACUGUUGUACAUACCCAAAAACAUGUUCACGUUUCAUGACUGCCAGUGACUAGAGACCAGCGGCUAAACGCUUCAAAUCCGUUGCUGGUUGAAAAGCUGAGACUCUUCAGAUGCUGCAGAUUUAAGGAUGACGUCUGUGACAGUCAGUAAAUAUUAUAAAUGAUACAUUUUCACAUCCAGCUAUUAAGUGAUCUUAGGUGUCCGACUACAACUGCCACUAUUUCAUUUAAAAAAAAAAAAAAAAAAAAAAAAAUAGCUUUUAAAGUAUUUUUCUAACUGAUUUUAUUCAUGAUUAGAAUAUAAUUUGAUACAGACUGAUAUUUUAAAUUAUUCCCAUCAUGUCCCUCAAACUCCCAGACUUUUAUUGAAUCUGCAGUAGCGGAGCUUGAGUGGACCAGAGACAACUGAGAAUCACUGGAACUUGUUUGUUGGUUUCAUCAGAACCAAAGCAGUGUGAUAUCAUCAGAUGAACAUGUGAGGGUUGACGAGCUGGUCAGCAACUUCUCUAAAACCAUCAGCGUUUCUCAACGGGACUUGUCGUUUUUCCCUUCUCAGCUGUGUUUCAUGCCUCACCAUGCCGGCCGAUUCUCAACCUUUCAGGCAUCAAACGAUAUAUAUGAAAUUAAACUCAAAAUAACUACCAAUAAUACUUAAAAUUCAUCCAUCACAAGGAAUAUCUAUCCUCAUAAUUUUGUACCAACAUUCCUAUAUUCUUUAUGGUAUAUAAAUUACAAGCUUUUGAUAUUUAAAGUCUGUGUGGAAGAAGGUUUGCGUGGCUGUAGUCAGCAUGCUGACACAUGUUACACGGCUGCCGUUGUUUGGUAAAUCCACAUUUCUUGAAGGUUUCACAUGUUAAGGAUACUGAAGGUGAUUAUUUUUCUAACCAAGUGUAUUUUUGUAACUUCAUAACUUUAUAGAAAGAUGAUCAUUGCACUGACUGUUUACUUAAAUGGACAAAUGCUUGCAUAAAUGAGAAUAAUUCUAUUAAAAAGACAAUAAAAUUUUUUUGAUUCUGGAAAUGUCUCCUGAUGAAUAUUCUGUUUCUAUUAUUCUUGGAUUCAUGA